AUGUCUUAUCAAGGUGGGUAUCCUCCCCCAGAUCCACAACAGUAUGGCGGUUACCCUCCAAAUUCAGAGCAACCACAGCAAGGUUAUCCUCCAAUUCCAGGUCAAGAACAGCCACAACAAGGUUAUCCACCGACAUUACCAACCGCGUCUUUUUUAAACACUGACCCGGCAGCACAACCUUUGCUACCUAGUGGUGGUGGUUCGGUUUCGUUUGCACAAGACCCAGAACAACUUUCAAAGCAUUAUGGUCAAGCUCCUGUACGUCAACCACGUCGUUACAAAACAACAAAACGUGUUGAACUUUUCCAAGGAAAUUUAGUUUUAGAUUGUCCUGUACCCACAAAACUCUUACAAAUGGUUCCUAGAAAAGAUGAUAGAGAAUUCACUCAUAUGAGGUAUACUGGUUGUACUUCCGAACCUGAUAACUUUAAAAAGAAUCUAUAUACGCUUCGUCAACAAAUUUACGAACCUUCUAGACAAACCGAAAUGUUCAUUGUGCUUACUAUGUAUAACGAAGAUGAAAUUCUUUUUGCCCGUACUUUUCAUGGUGUUGUAAAAAACAUAGCUCAUCUUUGUUCUCGUGAUAAAUCCCGUGUUUGGGGUAAAGAUGGGUGGAAAAAAGUGGUAGUAUGUAUAGUAUCUGAUGGUAGAAAAAAGAUUAAUCCUCGUACUUUAUCUUAUUUGGCUGCUAUUGGUGUCUAUCAAGAUGGUAUAGCCAAAAACAAAGUUAACGACAGAGAUGUUACCGCUCACAUUUUUGAAUACACCACCCAAAUUUCAAUUGAUCCUGAUAUGGUAUUCAAGGGUGCUGAUAAGGGGAUUGUCCCUGUUCAAGUACUUUUUUGUCUAAAGGAAAAGAACGCGAAAAAGAUUAAUUCUCAUCGCUGGUUCUUUAACUCUUUUGGUAGCAUACUUAAUCCAAAUGUUUGUGUCCUCCUCGAUGUUGGUACCAGACCUGGUGGCACCUCUAUUUAUCAUUUGUGGAAGGCUUUCGAUAUCAAUUCAAAUGUUGCAGGCGCUUGUGGUGAAAUUGUUGCUAUGAAGGGUAAAGCUGGUGUGAAUUUGUUAAAUCCAGUGGUAGCAUCUCAAAACUUUGAAUACAAAAUGUCAAAUAUCUUGGAUAAACCUCUUGAAUCUGUCUUUGGAUAUAUCACUGUGCUACCGGGUGCCUUCUCAGCUUAUCGUUACAUUGCUCUACAGAAUGAUCAAAAUGGAAAUGGCCCAUUAGCUUCUUAUUUUCUGGGUGAGGCUCAACAUGGUGGUGAUGCUGAUAUUUUCACUGCCAAUAUGUAUCUUGCCGAGGACCGUAUUCUUUGUUUUGAAUUGGUAGCGAAGCGUAAUUGUUCUUGGGUGCUGCAUUAUGUGAAAUCUGCUUAUGCCGAAACCGAUGUACCCGAUACGGUUCCUGAAUUAAUUUCACAAAGACGACGUUGGUUGAAUGGAUCCUUCUUCGCCGGUGUUUAUGCUAUUUGUCAUACUUUUGCCAUUUGGAGAAGUGACCAUUCCGCCAUUCGUAAGGUCUUAUUACACGUUGAAAUGUUUUAUCAAGCUUACAAUUUAUUAUUCUCUUGGUUCGCUUUGGGUAAUUUCUAUUUAACUUUUUAUAUUUUGGGUAAUUCUCUCACACAUGAAGAUGUCGUUGAAGGUCUUUGGAGUGUGGAAGCCGGGGAAAUUAUAUUUCAAUUAUUACGAUACGUUUUUUUGACACUGCUAAUUAUUCAAUUUAUACUUGCUAUGGGUAAUCGACCUCAAGGUUCAAAGUGGGCAUAUAUAUUUUCAAUCGGAUUCUUUGCAGGUCUUAUGAUUUAUAUGUUGUUUGCGGCUGGUUGGCUCACUUAUAAAGGAAUAUCGAUUCAGAUGGGAAAUCUUAAAGAUCAGAAUCAAAUUACCGGAAAUAAUGUUAGCACUGCUAGUGCUAUAAUUAAUGAUUCAACUUUCCGGAACAUUAUUCUUUCCGUUAUUUCAACUUACGGGUUAUAUUUUGCAGCCAGUUUCUUAUUCUUUGAACCUUGGCAUAUGUUUUCAAGUUUUAUACAAUAUUUGUUAUUGGUUCCAUUCUAUAUUAAUAUAUUAAACGUUUACGCCUUUUGUAAUGUACAUGAUGUCAGUUGGGGAACUAAAGGUGACACGUCAGUAAAACAAGAUUUGGAUAUUAACUCCUUAUAUGAUGAAGCAUGUAACGAAUUAGCGCGUCUCCCAGAAGAAGAAGUUAAGCAUCGUUCAAAGUCCGAAAAACAAGAUGAUUAUUACAAGGCUUUCCGCACUCAAGUCGUAUUAUGCUGGAUUCUUUCCAAUGCCGCGUUAGUUGCUGGUAUCACGAAUGGCAGUAAUACAAUAAAUUCGGUGAUUCCACAAGCCGAACGUAGUAAUAAUUAUAUGGCAUUUGUACUUUGGUCUGUGGCUGGGUUAGCCGCUUUUAGAUUUUUUGCAACAGAGACCCUUGGUAAAGUCAAGCCUUAUUUAUGUAUUGUGGACGGUAAGCGCGAAAGAAUUCUAAGAAUUGGAUGCGAUGACAAUUAG